UACCGGCACAUCGGGGCACUUGGGGCGUACAGGUUAUCACGUUGAACAUUUGGUUCGCCGCUCUCAUUCACCUUCCACGCGCCAACCUGAACGUGACGCACCAUGUCCGACAAGCCCGCGUAUAAAGUCGCCGAUCUCUCCUUGGCGGAAUGGGGUCGUAAAGCAGUCACCCUGGCAGAGAACGAGAUGCCGGGGCUUAUGGCGAUUAGGAAAAAAUAUGGACCGUCCAAGGUGCUAAAGGGCGCACGGAUCGCCGGUUGUCUUCAUAUGACCGUGCAAACUGCGGUGCUAAUUGAGACUCUGGUGGAACUCGGCGCGGAGGUACAAUGGUCGUCUUGUAACAUAUUCAGCACGCAGGAUCACGCUGCGGCGGCGAUAGCGAAGACUGGAGUGCCGGUGUACGCGUGGAAGGGAGAGACCGACGAGGAGUAUAUCUGGUGUAUUGAGCAGACCCUCGUGUUCCGGGAUGGCAAGCCGUUCAAUUUGCUCCUCGAUGACGGCGGUGACCUGACAAAUCUCGUGCACACCAAAUAUCCGCAGUAUCUCAAGGAAUGUCGCGGCCUAUCCGAGGAGACCACCACUGGAGUGCACAAUCUCUACCGCAUGAUGAAAGAGGGUACGCUCAAAGUGCCGGCGAUUAACGUCAACGACUCCGUCACGAAGAGUAAAUUCGACAACUUAUAUGGAUGCAGGGAAUCAUUGAUAGAUGGAAUCAAGAGAGCGACCGAUAUUAUGAUCGCUGGUAAGGUGUGCGUAGUGGCCGGAUAUGGAGACGUGGGCAAAGGAUCCGCGCAAAGUCUAAGAGCCCUCGGGGGGCGCGUUAUCAUCACAGAGAUCGAUCCUAUCAACGCUCUUCAAGCAGCCAUGGCAGGAUACGAGGUAACAACAAUGGACGAAGCAAGUACGAAGGGCCAGAUAUAUGUAACUACCACAGGAUGCAAGGACAUCAUCGUGGAUCGACAUUUCAUGAACAUGCCGAACGACGCCAUCGUCUGCAACAUAGGACACUUUGAUUGCGAGAUCGAUGUCGCGUGGCUGGAGAAGAACGGCGAGAAGACCAACAUAAAACCUCAAGUGGACAGAUAUCUAUUGAAGAACGGCAGACAUAUUAUUCUUCUCGCGGAGGGGCGUUUGGUGAACCUGGGUUGCGCGAUGGGCCACUCGAGCUUCGUUAUGAGCAACUCAUUUACGAACCAGGUGCUCGCACAAAUCGAACUCUGGACGAAAUCGGACAAGUAUUCGAUUGGCGUACAUAUGUUGCCGAAGAAACUGGACGAGGAGGUUGCGGCAUUACACCUGAAUCACUUGGGUGUAAAGUUAACGACACUCACGCCAGAUCAGGCCAAGUAUUUGGAUCUGCCUGUGGAAGGACCUUACAAGCCCGAUCAUUAUCGAUACUAAUUGCCAUCGAUACUAGUUGCCAUAAUUUAAUUACGCGUGAAAAUUUACAACAAAUCACAGUUAAAUUGUUCUUGCUGUAAUUAUAUAUAAACUGGUUUUAUAUGCAUUUAAUUGAAGAAACAAUAAAGUUUUUGUUUUUUCUA